AUGGCCUUGAGUCUCAACUUCAACGAAGAACAAAACCAGGUACUUUUCACAGGAAAUUCUUGUGUGAAGGUAGUGACACUAAAUAGACCUCAGAAGCUAAAUAUCCUUAACCAUGAAAUGAUAAAAAGGAAUUUAGAGUUGUAUGAGACUGACUCUUCAGUCAAACUUGUGAUAUUGAAGGGCAACGGAAAAGGUUUCUGUGCUGGUGGUGAUCUGAUAUCAGUGAUUACAUCUUCAGCUGCAGGACACUGGACCUAUGCUGCUAGCUUUUACAAGAAAUUGCUUACUUUGAAUUAUUGGAUAGCAACCUAUAAGAAGCCUACGGUCUCUCUCAUCAACGGUGUUGUGAUGGGAGCAGGAGCAGGUCUGUCCAUACACACAAGGUUCAGGGUUGUGACUGAAAAGGCUGUAUUUGCCAUGCCAGAGGCAUCUGUUGGACUUUUUCCUGAUGUGGGUGCAAACUACUUCCUCUCUAGGCUUCCUGGCUAUUUUGGGGAAUACUUAGGGUUGACUGGAGCACUUUUGGAUGGAGCAGAAAUUGCAGCAUGUGGUUUAGCCACACAUUUUGUGCCUUCAGAGAAACUAAAUUCGUUGGAAAAUGCUUUACAAGCUGUUAAUACUUCAAAUGUUUCAACAAUUGCUGCACUUAUACAAAAGUUCGCAGAGAAAGCAAAUGUGAAAGAACAGAGUCCAUUUAGGAGAUUAGAGGCUAUAAACAGAUGUUUCUCAAAAGGGACGGUGGAGGAAAUAAUUCAAUCCUUGGAAAAUGAAUUACAAAAUGGUGCAGAAAAAUGGAUAACAAAUGCAUUAAGCUACAUGCGUUCAUCUUCUCCAACUAGCCUCAAGAUAUUUCUGAAAUCAAUCAGAAAAGGGCAGGCACAAAACAUUGAUCAAUGUCUUUAUCGCGAUUAUAACAUUGCCUUCCACUUCCUGAGAAGAACUGUUAGCAAUGAUUUCUUUGAGGGUUCAAGAGCAAAGCUGUUUGAUAAAGACAACAAGCCAAAGUGGGAACCUUCAAAGCUGGAGCUGGUUAGCGAAGAAAUGGUGGAUCAGUGCUUUAGAAGUAUCAAUGACGAGGAUUUGGAGUGUCUGCAACUUCCUGAUAGAUCCAAUUCUCAAAUUGCUAGCAGAUUGGAGAACCAAAAGAGGCUUGCUGAAGUCCAUGAGACUCAAAGUUAUGUUAAAUGGCAGCAUCCUCCAGAUGGUCAUCUCAAGCUCAAUACCGAUGAUUCAGUUUUUCAAGGUUCAACUUCUACUAGUUGUGGAGGCCUUAUCCAAGACAGUAAAGACACUUUCAUUGUCGGAUUUUAUAAAUCCCUACAUCCCUGUACUCCUUUGGUUGUAGAACUAUGGGGAACAUAUUGGGGUCUUCAACUGGUUACUUCUAGGAAAAUCAACUUCAUUUGGAUAUAG